AUGACCCCCUCCCUCACACAAGCUGUGCAAAGAAGCACCUUGCCGUCCAAAAGCCUCCUUUCCAACAACAAGACGGAUGGCCGCCCCGAAGCUCAAGAGGUUCAGUCACUCGGCAGGGCCAAGGAUGGCAGGCUCCUGAAGAUCCGCGAGUACCCCAAAUUCGCUAGCCUUGAAGAGGAGCGUCUCUAUCGCAAGCAACAUCUCGCCGCUGCCUUCCGUGUCUUUGCCGACCGAGGCUUCGAUGAGGGUGUUGCCGGUCACAUCUCGGUCCGGGACCCUAUCCUAACCGAUCACUUUUGGCUGAACCCCCUUUCUAUGCACUUCUCCCUGAUCAAAGUUUCCGACCUCAUUCUCGUCGAUGAAGAGGGUUUGGUAGUCGAGGGUGACGAGCCGAUCAAUUCUGCUGCAUUCACGAUCCAUGCCGCUAUCCACAAAAAUCGCCCUGAUGUUCAUGCCGCUUGUCACGCCCACAGCAUUCAUGGCAAAGCUUUCGCUGCCUUUGGGCGUUCCUUGGAGAUGCUUACCCAGGACUCCCUGCGAUUUUACAAGGACCAUGCAGUAUACGACAGUUUCAACGGCGUCGUCCUAGAUCCAGAGGAGGGCGAUCGGAUUGCCGGAGCCCUCGGAAACUGCAAAGCCCUUAUCUUGCAGAACCAUGGACUUCUUACCGUUGGUCGAUCUGUUGAUGAGGCUGCUUUCUGGUUCAUCAGCCUCGACAAGACCUGCCAGGUGCAGCUUCUUGCCGAUGCUGCUGCGGCAGGUGGAUAUAAGAAGAUUCUAAUCGAUGAGGAUGAGGCCGAGUACUCGCGGAAGAAUGUGGGCGGUCCAGAUAAGGGGUGGUUGGCUUUCCAGCCUUACUACGAUGAAAUUCUGGCGAAGACCAACGGGUCCUUUUUGGCUUGA